AGAUCGCAUGUAGGAGAGCGAUUUCCCCUGAGGAUGUCCUAAAACGCUUUCCGUAUUCUUCCUUAGGAGAGCGAACACAAGAGCGUGUGUUCUCUAGAGGAUGUCCUAAAAUGCUUUCCAAAAACUCACCGUACAUAACCUGCUGCCUACAAUAUUCAGAGAAACCCACAUUAGGCAGCCGAGUCCUGCAAAUAUAUAACCACCCCAAGACCAGUGUCGCUUUGUGAGUUAUACUUCUCCCACAGUUUGAUAAGACUACAGAACAACUAGCAAAUGACGGCAUGCGUCGCGUGAAAGUGACGUCACCGGAGAGCGAAUCGCUGCCAUGAUGUAGCCGUAACCUUCCCCGAACUCGCAGUUUAUUGACUCCAUCGGACGGGCCAGUUAUUUCAUGCUCAUCUGAUGCACGACUGCAGCUUACUACUUUACGUUACUGCACUUUUACUGAGGAGAUGUCAGCGGGGGUGCGGGAUGUACCUUCAGGAUCCUUUGCCACUGAUCAGGGGGUGAGGAACAAGCAACAGAAACCAGAUGAGAAGAACAGCAACAAGGAGAAUACUAAAGGGGAGUCAUCAUGUCAGAUGAAUGUCGAGGCCCCGCAGCCUAGAGUCAAUCCAUGGACUAAGAAGCAAAGCCUUGCAGCUACCAGUACUGUGCAUUUCCAUGGCCAUCAUGGACAACAGAGCUCGGCAAAAGUGAUAAGAGCAGGAAAACCUCCAUCAAAGAAGACUAGCGAUUUUCAUGACAUUACAAAUUGGCCAACACCAAGUGAAAUUGCAAACCAUGGAACCAAAAACAUUCUCGCUGCCACAACAAAUGAAGAACCUGCAAGCAAACAAGAGAAGAGCGAUGAUGGGAAGUCUGGUCAUAAAGAUGUCCAUGAAAUAAGGGAGAACUGUAAUAUGGAAGUACAAGUGAAAAAUUUAGCCAAUGACCAGGUGGAGGCUGCUACGCAAAAGAAAAAAUUCAACAAACAGAAAUGGAUGCCAUUGCAUUUAGAGGAGACAAAAACAGAUAAACAAGAAAGGCCAACAAUCCACAAAAACUCAAGUUCUCAGUGUGAGUUUAGCAGAAGCCAUAGCAACAAACAGAGAGUAUACAGCUGGCAUCUUGAUCGGAAGGAUGAGUUGGAUGAAGUCUCUAGUGUACGGAGUGAAGGGGGAAACCCCAGAGGAAGAGGUAGUGGACGUGGAAGAGGUCGAGGAAGAGGCAGUCCUUACUUGCGCUGUUCAUAUACUGCCGGAGAGAACAGAAUGAAGACAGACCAAACGGAAAAUAAUAAAAGUAUGAUGUACUAUUAUGGUGAUGGAACUGGGAUGCAUAUUUACCCUGUAGAUGAAAAAUUACUUAAGGAAUACCUUAAGCGCCAGAUCGAGUAUUACUUUAGCAUGGAGAACUUGGAAAAAGACUUCUUUCUCAGGAGAAAGAUGGACCUGCAGGGGUUUUUGCCAAUUUCUCUGAUUGCUGGUUUCUAUCGUGUGCAGUCUUUGACCACAGAUGUUGAUAUCAUCAAAUUGGCUUUGAAAGACAGUGCCGAGGUAGAAAUAGUAGAUCAGAAGAUAAGAAGAAAAGUGGAUCCUGAAAAAUGGCCUAUUCCAAGUGGUCCAUCUUUUGAAUUGACACAUACUGACUUCUCUAGAUUCAUUGACUGUCCAGAAUUUAUACCUGGGAAGAAACUGGAGUCUCGUACAGGGUCUGUACCGAAUUCUCCAAGAAAAGAAUGCUCUUUUUUGCAGGAUGGAAGUAACACACUGAAUAAUUUACAAAGUAUGCCUAAAGUCCUCUCCACAAGCAUGCCAGAGCUGGACUCUGAGCCUUGGAUAGAAGUUAAGAAAAGACGUCGUCCCUCCCCUGUCAAAUCAAAGGAGCCAGAUAUUCCUACACUAAUAACUCCAAAACUACGGUUGUGCGAUGAACCUGAGCCAGAAGAUUUGGACUUUAUGUUUGAUGAAGAGCUGCAGCAUAUGCAAGGUCGUAAAAACACAUUUACUGAUUGGUCUGAUGAUGAAUCUGAUAACGAAAUAGAUGACAAAGACCUUAAUAAGAUCAUAAUUGUUACACAAACACCUCCUCAUCUAAAAAAACAUCCUGGGGGUGACCGUACAGGAAAUCAUAUUUCUCGAGCAAAAAUUACUUCUGAAUUGGCCAAGGUCAUUAAUGAUGGACUUUAUUAUUAUGAGCAAGACUUAUGGAUUGACUAUGAGGAACAGAACUAUGUGCCUUCAAAGCAAGAGCUAGAACACUUUAGGAAACUGAAUCUUAUUAGCAAAGAAGAGUUUGACAACCUUGCACCAGAAAUCCAGAAUGAGCAACAGCUUGGACAAUCCCCGCUCAACAUACCUACUUUUCAACAAGUUUGCAAUGUGAAUGUUCAUGACUCUGUGACUACACAAUCCCACCCCACAGAUGUAAUACAAUCACCACAGCCUUGUUGUGUAAGAACACCAAAAUCUCCUCGUACUCCACGCUUGAAAGAUUCAGAUAAGGCUCCAAGAUUUUAUCCUGUAGUAAAAGAAGCAAGGUCUAUUGAUGUAAAGAGUCCAAGAAAGAGGAAAACUCGACACAGUACUAAUCCACCUCUAGAGUACCAUGUUGGUUGGGUAAUGGAUUCUAAGGAACACAGGCCACGGACUUCCUCUGUCAGCAGUUCAAAUGCUUCUCCAUCAGAAGGUGCUCCACUUACAGGAAGCUAUGGCUGCACACCCCACUCUUUGCCAAAGUUUCAACAUCCUUCACAUGAACUUUUGAAAGAAAAUGGUUUUACACAGCAAGCUUACCAUAAAUAUCGACGUAGAUGCUUAAAUGAGAGAAAAAGAUUAGGAGUAGGCCAGUCCCCAGAGAUGAACACACUGUUUCGUUUCUGGUCCUUCUUUCUCAGAGAUCACUUCAAUAAGAAAAUGUACGGGGAGUUCAAACAACUUGCUGUGGAGGAAGCAAAAGAAAACUACAGGUAUGGCUUGGAAUGUCUAUUUAGGUUCUACAGUUAUGGAUUGGAAAGGAAAUUCCGGCAAGAAUUAUUCAAGGACUUCCAGGAAGAAACGAUCAAUGAUUAUGAACACGGUCAGCUUUAUGGGCUGGAGAAGUUUUGGGCAUAUCUGAAAUACUCACAAGCCAAGAAUAUGUCCGUCGACCCAAAAUUGCAAAGCUACCUCAGCAAAUUCAAGAGGCUUGAAGACUUCAGAGUAGAUCCUCCAAUUGCUGAAGAGGAUGGGAGAACACCAUCGGCAACAAAUGAGAACACAAGCCAACGGAGACAUUGCUCAGGUUCAUCCAAGGCUGCUGAAAAGCAUUUACCUGGCAGCCAUAUUCAGGGUCCUCCAUGUUGCCUUCCCAGUGUCGGCAUCAUUCAGGAUAUAAGUAGCUGCUCACGGGACAGCGGCUCCUCCAACCAAAACAUAACCAGGCAACAAGAGAAAUAGACUCGGCAGUAUUUUAUGCCAUUGAUAGCAGUGAACAGCUGUUCUUUAGCCCAAGGAACACUGAUGCCUAAGCACUAAACAAUAAACGCCUUGCCAAUGAGCACAACGAAGUUCGAAAAUCUCCAUUUUUCAUGUGAUUUAUUGGUUGUUUGUAUAUAAAACAUUACCCCCGUGAUGAGAUGCAAAACAACGGGGGUUGUUUUUAAUCAAUUUGUAACAAUGCUUUUUUAUUUUGUCCUCAUUAUUUCAUGUUACCAACAAGUAUACGCAUACAUAAACCUUCAAAAUAAAAAGGCGUUUUUAUGAAUAUAGUAAUUUUUUUUUAAGGCAGAACUAAGUUUUUCUUCUAAUACAGACAUUUCAGGGUUUUUUUUUUAGACUUUUUAGGUUUUCCAUAACAAUUCCUCCUAUAGUUUAAUUUUAAUGAAUUUUAGCUGAGCAGGUUUGGGCAAUGGGAGGCUUUGAGUUGAGAAUUUUACAGUCUAACGCUUUCUCUGUAUAAUACGGUGUAUAUUCAUCCAGCGGGUAAAAUACUUUUUAAUAUAUUUUUCUUUGCAGAAUAGAAAGGAAUAUUCAUGUCAAUAAACGUUUGAAAUGA